GGUCUCUGUGAAGGAAAAUCUGCACUUGUCCCUACUUGCAUUUCUCAACCCUGCCUACCUGUCUCCAACACUGGCCCAACCAGAAUCCUGCCUCAUCUCUAUCUUGGGUGUCAGCGGGAUGUCCUCAACAAGGAGCUGAUGCAGCAGAAUGACAUUGGCUAUGUACUAAACGCCAGCAAUACUUGUCCAAAGCCUGAUUUUAUUCCGGAAUCCCAUUUCCUGAGAGUGCCUGUGAACGACAGCUUUUGUGAGAAAAUUUUGCCUUGGUUGGAUAAAUCAGUUGAUUUUAUAGAAAAAGCAAAAGCAUCAAAUGGCCGUGUGUUAGUGCACUGUUUAGCUGGAAUCUCUCGCUCUGCCACAAUCGCUAUUGCAUAUAUCAUGAAGAGAAUGGAUAUGUCCUUAGAUGAAGCCUACAGAUUUGUGAAAGAAAAGAGGCCAACCAUUUCUCCCAACUUCAACUUUCUGGGCCAGCUUUUGGACUUUGAGAAGAAGAUCAAGAACCAGAGCGGUCAGCCUGGACAUAUUAGUAAGCUGAAACUUCUGCAUUUGGAAAAAAGCAGCGAGCACGUGCUGGUCCCAGAAGGUGGGCAGAGCAGCCUCUCCACUAACCAGCUCUGCAUCACCGCUACCUCCGAGAUCGUGGAACCGAAGCCGACAGACUGCAGCAGUGUGCCCCGUGGGCAUCUGUCUCCACUGGAAGACGGCCCGCUGGUACAGGGCAUCAACGGACUGCACGUCUCCCUAGAUAAGGUGGAAGACAGCAGCCGGCUGAAGCGCUCCUUUUCCUUGGAUAUCAAAUCCGUGUCCUACUCGGCAAGUAGCAACUGUGUGACUGCAUCGGUUCAGGGCUUUGCCUCCUCCGAAGACACCCUGGAAUACUACAAACACGCGGCUGCCUUAGAGGGCAGCAGCAAGUUGUGUCAGUUCUCCCCUGUCCAGGAGGUUUCGGAGCAGACUCCAGAAACCAGCCCUGACAAAGAGGAAGCAAACCCUCCCAAGAAGGCCCAGAACACCUGGCAGCUGGACAGCCAGAGCAAACGGCAGCACCUGGGGAGAGCCGGCGGCGGUGCCACCACUCAGCGGUCACUCCUGUACCCCCUCCAUCGGAGCGGCAGCGUGGAAGACAACUACCGAACGAACUUCUUGUUUGGCCUCUCCACAAGCCAGCAGCAUUUGGCAAAGUCUGCUGCUGGGCUGGGCCUCAAAGGCUGGCACUCGGACAUCCUGGCUCCUCAGACAUCGGCUACGUCCCUUACCAACAGCUGGUAUUUUGCAGCUGAGUCCUCGCAUUUCUACUCUGCCUCCGCCAUCUACGGGAACAGCGCUGCUUACUCUGCCUACAGCUGCAGUCAGCUGCCCACGGGCUGCGACCAGGCCUGUGCCGUGCGCAGGAGGGCAAAGCAGGGGGACCGGGGUGACUCCAGGCGGAGCUGGCAUGAGGAAAGCUCUUUUGAAAAGCAGUUUAAGCGCAGAAGCUGCCAGAUGGAAUUUGGGGAGAGCAUCAUGUCAGACAACAGAUCCAGAGAAGAACUGGGGAAAGUGGGCAGUCAGUCGAGCUUUUCAGGCAGCAUGGAAAUCAUUGAAGUGUCUUGAGGGGCAGCAGGCUUGUGUGACUGUCUCGGAGGUGCUUCCCCCUCCAGCUGCUCCCCCAGCCUUUGAGUGGUCCCUGUAAAUCUGAAAAGAACAAACUU